AAUAUCUCUCCACAUGACAAACUCCAUUCCACCAUCCAAAAUGAUGGCACCUUCCCAACUCCCUCACCUCCUCAACUAUCUUUCUCAACUGCGAAACACCUCUCAGGCAGCUCAUGAAUCUGGCAGCCUCUUCCUCCACAUCACAUCCUACAUCCUCUGUUUCAUUGCCGCCUCCAUCUCGAGCGCCGGCGGAGUCGGCGGCGGCUCCCUCUACCUUCCCAUCCUCAACCUCAUCGCCGGCAUGGACCUCAAGUCCGCCGCCGCUUUCUCCUCCUCCAUGGUGACUGCGGGGUCCGUCUCAAGCGUCCUGUUCAAUAUCUUCUUCCUCAACAAAAAUUCAAAUUCCCCAUCCAUAAUUGAUUACCAAAUUGCUCUCCUCUCGCAGCCAUCAAUGCUGCUUGGAGUUAGUAUUGGUGUGGUCUGCAAUGUCAUGUUUCCGGAGUGGCUGAUAACUGCUCUGUUCGCAAUAUUCCUUGCUUGCUCUACUUAUAAGAUUUGCAGAGCUGGGCGCAAGUGUUGGAAGGAGGAGUCUUAUCAUGUGGUGAAGGAGUUGGGAGUGGAAGAGGUGGAGGAGCCAUUGUUGGAGGGUAAGGAAAAGAAAGGAAUUCCAUGGAGGAGUUUGAUGAUUUUGUUCUUGAUUUGGGUUACUUUCUUUGUGCUUCAUCUUCUUGUCGGGAGUAAGGAUGGCAAGAGCAUGAUACACAUAAAACCAUGUAGAGUUGCGUACUGGCUCAUCACCAUGUUCCAGCUUCCCACAGCUAUAGUUUUUACUCUGUUCAUUCUGUACAUUAUCCGGCAGAAAGAUGAGCAGGGAGCAGAAAGAAAUAAAAGAGUGAAAGAUCUACCACUGUUGGUUUUCCCACUGGCAGCAAUCUUAUCAGGAAUUAUGGGCGGCCUCUUUGGCAUUGGUGGUGGGCUGCUCAUAAACCCUGUUCUUCUUCAAAUUGGAGUGCCACCUCAGGUAACAGCGGGAACAACCUCCUUCAUGGUCCUGUUCUCAUCAUCCAUGUCCCUGGUUCAGUUCUUGAUCCUCGGCAUGAAGGACAUAGACCAAGCACUAAUUUUCUCAGCCAUAUGCUUCAUUGCUUCCAUUGUCGGCCUCGUCAUCAUACAGAGAGCCAUAGAAAGAUCAGGCAGAGCCUCUCUUAUUGUGUUCUCAGUCAGUACGGUGAUGGCUCUAAGCACAAUCUCAAUUAGUUGCUUUGGUGCGAUUGAUGUUUGGAGGGAUUACACUAACGGGAAGAACAUGGGGUUUAGACUGCCAUGUUGAUGUUGAAAGUUGCAUGAACCAUAGAUAUAAGUAAAUGAUUUUGUUCUGGCUUCUCCCAUGUUCCCCACAUACUGCUGUUUUCUCAUUUUGAAUAAGAAGACCGUAAUAUGAAUCUUUGUCCUAACAUAACAAAUA